AUGGACGCAUCAUUUUGUCCUGUUUCUGCCCAAGAUGGCGUCAAUUAUAUUUUUACAAUUAUUCCUGCCUAUUCCAGAGCAGCUUUAAGUGUGUGGUCAUCUUUUCUAUGGCUUGUUUUGUUGAUUUUUCCAAAACGCUAUUAUAAAAUAACCCAGCUUUAUGGAAUUAUUGGGAAUAUAGUAAAAUGGUCACUUAUAAAACUCUUAUGAUGCAAAAAGAGGAAAAAAACUAGGAAAAUAUUAGAAAAAAAGUUUAAAUAUCCGUUGAGAAUGACUACAGCAGCGUGAAUAUCAUAUACUUUUGCCCUCGCAACGACUUUAGAAGUAAUAUCUACAUAGGUUUUGAUAUAUAGCUAUCAGUUGAUUUAUCUAAUUGACUGGAUGAAGUCUGAUGACAGUGGUUUUUAUUUUCAAAACACUGAGCGUACUAUAAUUGCCUUUGGAAAUCAUAAUUUGCUAACUCCUUAUAAUUUUUUUUUUCAGAAUUUAAAAAAAUCUAAUUUGUAAAAUUGAGAAGCAAAAAUUAAUUUAAUUUGAAAAUAAAAGCUUUUUAAACGGAAUUAGUUAGAGAUUUCAUUAUAAUAAUUAUCAUUUAUAUAUCAAAAUUUUUUUCAUAAAACAUUUUUGUUCGCUCACGGAGGUGGAUUUUUGGGCAAAAAAUAGUUCGUCCACGGAGGGGGGAGUAAGCUCUUCUGACGAUGACGAUAGCAAAGAUGCAAAAGAUAAAAUAAUUUUGUUUCUGGAAUUCUUAUACCCUUCUAUCGUCAUAGCAUUUUUUAUCGGCCAUGCAUUCGUUAUUUACUCAAUUUUAUUAAUGCUCUACAAAUAUAAGCGAUUUAUGAUGAUUAUCAUUGAAGACAAUGAUCGUGCAUUUUUAAGGCAGAUAUGAAAAUUCUCGAGUCAUUCAGCUAUGUUUUUUAUUCGUAAUUGUAAAUCAGCUCAAUUUGUUGUAAAUACUUUAUUUUUGCAAGUUAUCUACUCCUUUUUUGUAUUUUUUAUAUUCUUCUUAAUUGUACUUUUUGCUGUGCUUAUUGAUCUCAGAAGCUAUCUUGCUAGCCAGUCUCCAUGAUUUUGGAUUGGAUUCAUCCCAUUGAUAUUAGGGUAAUUACCAAACAGCAUAUUUUAUUUCCCAAGAUUAGUAGAAAAGAAUAAUAAAAUCAAAAAUAAGCUAUAUUUGAGCUUUUGGGAUGGUUGAAAUUUCUUUAUAGGGUUUGUAGGGGCUUUUGUUAAAGGUCUUACUCGUUAUAUCUUACUCUAUCCAUCUAAGCACGAAUAAUUUCUUUUUAAACUUUUUCCUUUUAUGCGAAAAAGGGUGUUUCUUACUUUAUAUAAUUGCUUAAAUUUUAUAUAAAAUAUUUAUUUUAAAAUUUUAUAAGUAAGAUUAAUAAAUAAAAAUUGUGUACGUCAUAAAGAGUAGUUAGGAUCUCUUUUUGCAUUUUUUGUUGGUUUCAAAGCUCAUAGAAGUGUGAUGCCAUAUCCUUUUGACAGCUAUGAUGCACUCUACAACAGCUUUUACGGUUGCAUAGUUCUUCAUUGUGUUUCUCUCGGAAUUUUACCUAGCGAAGAAGAGCUUCAUGGUAUUGAUGAAAGUCUAGAUAGUUCUAGGCCAUUUUUUAAUAGAUAA